GGGUGUGUUAUCCCAACGAACUAGAGUUAGCUUCGAUCCCUCUAGAAUACGAAAGGAAAAGCCAAACAAGCAACGAAGACAUGGAAGCAGAGCCGCGCAGUGAUCGCCUGCGCCAAGAACCGACUGUCGCCACCAGAGAAAACGGCGGGGCCGUGAAUAAUUCCGGCGACGAGUCCGACGGCGAGUUCGAGUUCUCCUUCGCGAGCCGGCCGGACCCUGCCGCUGCCACGGGCGGCGCCACGGCGGACGAACUCUUCUACCCGGUUUUCGGCCGGGUGUUCGACGAAACGCGCGCGCCGGUGCGGAGGCCUCUCGGGAAGCUGUUCCUGGAGGAGUCCGCGCCGGCGCGGAACUCGUCCGUCGGGUCGACCUCGUCGUCAUCGUCGUCCGCGGCCACGGACGCCACGGACCUCGACGGCGUGUCCCCGGACACCUACUGCGUCUGGACGCCCGGCGCGCCGUCGCCGGCUUCCUCGCCAGCGCGCUCGCCGCGGAAGAGCGGAUCCACGGGUUCCCUGUCGCGUUGGCGCCGCGUCAGCGAGCUCCUAGUCAUCGGCCGAAGCCACAGCGAGGGGAGGGACAAGUUCCGGUUCCUCUCCGCGCCGCCGUCGCCUGCCAGGGAUCAUCAGCCCAAGGCGAAGCCGAGCCAGAGAGGCGCCGUGAACGCCAAGGCCGCCACCGAGCUCGACACGGUGGCCGCCAGCCACCGGAUGUUCUACGGAUCACCCAAGGGCUCCGCCUCCCCAGGCGCGGCGAGGCGGACGUUCUUGCCGUACCGGCAGGACCUCGUGGGGCUCUUCUCCAACGCCAAGGGGCUCAGCCGGAGCCCGUACUACCAGCCCUUCUGACUUCCUGCAAAGAGGCCGCUCCCGCCGUGGAGGACCAGUUCCAAAUGCCGGCUUUCAAGUUUGAAAUUCUUGGAUUUGAAGCUUUGAACCUGUGACUCCGGAGCUUCCUGCAACUUCACGCUCGUAAUCGGCGAUGGUACAGCUGGAUUGUUAAACGGGAUUGUCCGGAUUAAUGAAGUCAAAAAGCGGAGGCGUUAAGUCAGACCAACGGAAAUGUGGGGAUUAGGAUCAAUGUGAAAGCAUGUGAGACUAGUAAAAUAGUACUACUCCUGUUACUACUACGGAGAAGUUCUUUUAGUUUUGUUUUGGACUUUUGGUGCGCGCGCGUUAGGGAAGCUCAGAUAAGUUUGAAUGUCUGAUGCGACCAUGUGUCAUUUGUACAGACAUGUAGUAGUAUUGUAUCGGGUGGGAAUAGAUUGAUUCUUUUCUUGUUCGCAAUCUACAUCCUUGUCUUGCUGA